UCGCUAGGCGUUUCCGGUGUCAGUUGGAAACAGCAGUUGGAAAGGAAGAGAGUGCUCACAAACAUUUAAAGUGCUUUCUUGGACAGAACUGAGAUACAGAUCAGCAUGCAGAGGAGGGACAUUGAGGAUCCAGUGGCUGACAGCAGUGCAGAUGAUACUGAGGAGAGCACAGCAGCUUCUGAGACGACCACCAGCAAGGAAUCUGAAACACAAACAGGCAGCACCCAAACAGAUGAAGGCCCGGGGGAAGCUGGAGGUCUUUCUGCUUCUUGUGAUAUGGCGGAGGAACUGAGCCGACAGCUGGAGGACAUCCUGAACACCUACUGUCAUGAGGAUGGCGGCAGUGAGGACGCAGCGGUGACUAAUGGUCAGCCUGACGGUGUGGAGGUUAAUGGGCUGUCUGAGAGGGAGGACGGCAAGCAGGAGGAGGCCAAACUCAAUGGCAAUGCGUGUGUAGAGAAGGACCAGAAAAAGCUUCAGGAGAAAAAGAAAGUGAAAGGACUGGGAAAGGAAAUAACUCUCCUCAUGCAGACCCUAAACACCCUGAGCACACCCGAGGAGAAACUAGGUGGUCUCUGCAAGAAAUAUGCUGAGCUGUUAGAGGAGCAUCGCAACGCUCAGAAACAGAUGAAGGCCCUUCAAAAGAAGCAGACGCAGCUCAUUCAGGAGAAGGAUCACUUACGAAAUGAACACAGCAAGGCCAUCCUGGCCCGCAGCAAGCUGGAGAGCCUCUGCCGAGAGCUUCAGAGACACAACCGCACACUUAAGGAGGACGGUGUGCAACGUGCCCGACUGGAGGAAGAGAAAAGGAAAGAAGUGACAGCACACUUUCAGGUGACACUGAAUGACAUCCAGGCACAGAUGGAGCAGCACAACGAGCGAAAUGCAAACCUGAGGCAAGAGAACAUGGAGCUGGCGGACAAGCUGAAGAAGCUCAUCGAACAGUAUGAGCUUAGAGAGGAGCAUAUUGACAAGGUGUUUAAGCACAAAGACCUGCAACAGCAGCUGGUGGAUGCAAAGCUUCAUCAGGCGCAGACUUUGCUCAAAGACUCAGAGGACCGCCAUCAGAAAGAGAAAGAGUUUCUCCUGAAAGAGACCGCUGAGUCUCAGAGGAUGUAUGAGCUUAUGAAACAGCAAGAGGUCCAUCUGAAACAACAGUUGUCUUUAUAUACAGAAAAAUUUGAAGAGUUUCAAAACACGCUUUCCAAAAGCAAUGAGGUGUUCACAACAUUUAAGCAAGAGAUGGAAAAGAUGACAAAGAAGAUUAAGAAGUUGGAGAAGGAAACGACCAUGUACAGAUCACGAUGGGAGAGUAGUAACAAAGCCCUGCUGGAGAUGGCAGAGGAGAAAACACUACGAGAUAAGGAGUUUGACGGCUUGCAGGUAAAGGUUCAGCGGUUGGAAAAGCUCUGUCGUGCAUUGCAAACCGAGCGCAAUGAGCUGAGUAAGAAGGUUCAGGUUGUCCCAGAAGGGGCAGCAGCCGUAGAGAGCGAGGCGGGAUCGCAACAAGAGGCUAUAGACUCAAAGGAGGGCAGCCCUGUCCAUCAGAGCAGCCCAGAGACUCCACAAACCGCAUGUAGCCAGGCGUGCCACUGUGCUCCAGAUCUAGAAGCCGAAACUCACAAAGAGGUUUGCUCAGCGCAGGAUUGAGUCUUGCUCUCUUUGGGUGACCAGGACACACACAAUCCUUCCUAUAAACCUAUACCAGACCACCCUCCACUGGCAGUCUGUUGUCUGCAUCUUCUCCCACUCUUAAAUGGUAAACUUGUCUGUUCCUGAGGGUUUUCGUUGUGUUAGGGAAGAUUGUGCCUUCGAAAUGAUUCCUAUGCUGCGUUUUUACUCUCUUUGAUUUUAUGUGGCUUGCUUUUUUCCCCACUCCAUUCCAACAAAGAUUCUUGAACAUUCCUGAUUUGUUCUAUAAGGGCCAUGUAAUGUUGCUACUGUGUUGGAAUGCGUCGUAUUUGUCAACUAAACUUUUAGGUGGGAUUGUUAGCCGCCUUUAUUCAGUUUGGACAUAAUCUGCAAAAAUAACUUUCUUAGUCUUGUUUUUAGUACAAACAUCUUUGAUGAGCAAAAUGA